AUGGCGACCUCCUCCAGGACGAAAUUUAGUGCAGACGUCAGGUCCAUUGUCCGCGACUUUUGCGCCACGUACGACAAGACCACGCCCAAGAAGCUCAAGCUCAUUGAUGGGUUUCUCGCCUACGUGCUAGCAACGGGCGUGCUGCAGUUUCUCUACUGUUUAUUGGUGGGCACGUUCCCGUUCAACUCGUUCCUUGCUGGCUUCGUGUGCACUGUCGGCGUCUUUGUGCUGGCCGUCUCGCUGCGUAUGCAGGUCAACCCGGCCAACAACUUUCAGGACCGCACGGAACAACGUGCGUAUGCCGACUACCUCUUUUGCAACAUCAUUCUCUUCCUCGUCGUGUUCAACUUUAUGGGUUAA